AUGGCGGGAGUGGAGGGAGACGCUCCUCUCUCCUGUGUAUUGCCUCGUGGCCGACGCCCGCCCGGCAGGUCCGCCGCACGCCCGCACCACGCCUCUCUCGCCGCUGCUGCUGCUUGGGACAAGUGCGUGGGCGCUCAUGGGGGCGAUGGGUGUGAAGAGAGGGGCGUGUGGAGUGGUCGGGAGCGCCCGCCACCUACGAGGAGUGCAGCAGCAGUAACAACAACAACAGCAAAAGCAGCGGCAACCUGCAACAGCAGCAGCCUGCCCGCACGUCGCCUCAGUGUAAGAACUGCAGUCGCGCGGGACACAACCCUGUCCGCAUGCGAGCCAACCUCAACCCCACGGCCAAUCCCCGCCCCUGCGACCUCACCCAGUCAGUCAUUACCUCUGCAACCUGUCCCUACGUCUUCAGCCUCACUCACUCAGUCUUCACCAGCUGUCCAGACACCUGCCACCUCAUCCAUACAAUUAUCAAAUUCACCACCUGCCCCAACACCUACAACCAGUCAGUCAUUACCCCCACCACCUGUCCCAACACCUGUUUCUUCAACUGAUCGUGCCGCACAUGUGACCACCAGAUCACAAUCGUAUAGCGACAAGCUCUGCAACGCACCGGCGAUCCUCGACGCCCAAGCCCGAUUCUCCAGCACUUCGCCUGUCCCCUCCGACAAGGAACCGACGCCUUUGGGCACAGUCCCUGUCCCCUCCGACAAGGAAGCGACGUCCCUGGGCACAGUCCCUGUCCCCUCCGACAAGGAAGCGACGUCCCUGGGUACAGUCCCUGUCCCCUCCAACACUUCCUCAACUCUGCCCGGCAGUAACCCUUCACUGGUGUUGUGUCCUGACUUUGGCAACAUGAAGACCAGUUCGUUGAAAUGUUCGGAGCUCACAAGUGUUGUGUCGAGUGUGUGUAAUGUGAUGAAGGGAGGUUCGGGAGAGGAAGAGGAGGAGGAAGAGGAGGAAGAAGAAGACGAGGAAGGGGAGGAAGGAGAGGAUAAGAUCAUGAGGAAAGAGACCACUCAGCGGUGCGCGAACAGAUACGACUCAGCUGAUUCGUCUGACAGCGGAGUGGGAGGAGAGUGGAGCGCGUCGUCCCCGUGUUCCUCCUUGACGUGCUCGCCACCGCCCCGCCCCGAGGAUCUCGACGACUGCUGCACGGGACCAGCACCCCCGCCCGCCGCCCACCCCACGCCCUCGCCCACGCCCACGCCGGGGGCCCAACCCACUCCGACCCCGCACUCCUACGGCAGCCAUGCGGGCCAGCUGACGUGCAUGGCGCCCAAUGAUGGCUCGGGCGUGCGGGUGGGGCGGAAAGGCGGUCACGACGGGGACCAGUUAAUGGGCAGGAUCGGCCCGGGCGGCCAGGUGGGCCAAGCGGGCCACACGCCACACAAGGACCGGCCUCCGGAUACGCCCUCCGCGCUGCCUCUGCGGGUCACGCGCCGCAACACCCCGGAGGAGGUGGCGGCCCACCGUCGCCGCCGCCUGCAGGUAGGGCACAUCCGGAAGCGGACUGGCGAGGACGCGACGAUGGGUGGUGAGAGGCGCGCCAAGCUGCCGCGGGCGUCCCCCCCGCCCUUGCCCGUGAACGGCGUGCGGCGCGUGAACGGAUGCAUGAACGGGAGCGUGGAAGGCGAGGCUGCCCUUCUCGACCGGCUGGGCGGGCUGGCGGGCGCGGGGGACAAGCGCGGGCGGCACCACACCCGCACCUCGCACGCCCACAACAACCAUAAACACAACGGGAUCGCAGGUGACGCGUUGCACAAUGACGUCGACCACUUGUUAGGUAAAAACGGUGUCAAGUGUUUUAACGGGACACUCAAUGAACGAAUCAACGGCACGCUAAAGCCCGAGCGCAUGAACGGCUCUGCGAAGCCCGAACGCGUGAACGGGACGGCGAAGUCUGAACGUUUGAAUGGCACCAUACGAAGUGAACGUAUAAAUGGCACCGUGAGAAGUGAACGCGUGAACGGCACGGUCAGAAGUGAGCGCCUGAACGGCGCUGUUCGCCCGGAACGUGUCAAUGGUGUGCGGCGAGUGAGCGGCGAGCAUCACAGGCGUAAGGCAGACCUCCAGACCAACAACAACACUGAACCGCCCAUGGUCCUGCCCACCACGCCCACUCUCCUCAAUGACGCCCGGACCCCCCACCCCCGCCCCCACCCCCCCAACGCCGCCAAGCGUGUAUCUCAGGGAACCCCACACCCCACUCAGGGCUUAACUUUGAGCUGUGAUGCCGGUCUAACGCCGCCCACCACUGCUACCCACACCCCCUCGGCGGCCGCCCACCAGCCGCCCCUCUCGCCCACCUCGGCUCGUUGCUCGGCUAAGUCCUCCCCUCCGCCCGCCUACACCAACGGCACCGCCCACACCACCUGCAAGAGUAGGAGCAGCUCGGCCAGUUCUGGCGCUGGGUCCUCUGUUCCUAGCCCCGCCCCCAGCCCCGCCCCGAGUCCAGCCCCGAGCUCCGCCCCCAGCUCCGGAACCUCCACGCCCACGCCCACGCCCACCGUGAGGUUCCCGCCCCCGGAGAAGAAGGAAGCUGCCGACGUGUGCCGCUGGCGAGACUGCAACCAGGUCCUGGACCCGACCACCUCCCUGCUCGAACACAUACAGGCUGUACAUGUGGAAGGUCAACUGGAAGCAGAGAGUUUCCGGUGCUUAUGGGUUGGCUGCAAAGUAUACGAUAAGGCAUCGUGUUCCGUGUCCUGGUUGGAAAGGCACGUCCUAACCCACGGGGGACACAAACCUUUUAAAUGUAUAGUUGAUGGCUGUGGUCAAAGGUUUGCCUCGGAGACUGCGCUAGGGCGACACGUGAACAACCACUUCAGCACAGCAGCAACCACUCCCUCGCCACGGCCUCCUACACAACCAUCACCCACAAAACUAAUUAGGAAGAAUGGACGAAAAUGCAGAUAUAGAAAAAAGCCUUGGUCAGACUCAAGGGCUAAAGUUCCUGUCCCUGCCCGUAUGUUCGAUGUUUUUGAUGUGGGUGUCAUGGAGUGUCUACAGUGGAGGCUGAUGUGUGUGGCACAAAAACAGAAUGGAGGUGUUGCGCACUCUCCGGGCCAUUCCUUCGUUGUCAAGCCUCAGGUUCUUGCAAGACGUACUUGUACAAAGGGAAUUAAUGAGGCUUUAGUUAGAUGGUACCCCCCGGGAGUUUUACCUGACGAGUGGGUAGCAGUGGAUAAACUUGAGGCAGCAAGAACUGUACCCCUAGAACAGAUGUCCCCUGAAGCCAAACAGGUUGUCUCUCGUUUAUGUUACCCAAGUUUAGCACCGCCUAUAAAACACAGGCGCAAGCGCCCUUUGUGUCCAAAAUCUUUACCUUUAGAGCUGUCAAAAGCUGUCUGAGCUUAGGGAUGUUUCUUUUUUAUUAUAACUUUUUUUUUCUUUUUUUUUUUUUUUUUUUUUUAGACAAAAAUAGGUCAUGAUCUCAUUCCAAUACGGAGUAACACAUUUUGUGUGUGUGUGUGUGGUGUGAGCAUUCCCCCUGGUGUUGUGUUAGAGGGAAGCUGUAGUGCCCUUUGUUGGAGCUCAGAACAUUGAAAUUUAUUAUGGAUUAAGCCAAUCCAAGUGAAUGGACCAAAUAUUGGACCAAAAAAAAAAAAAAAAAGAUAAAAAAAAAAAAGAUAAUGUGCUAACUAGAAAAGGAGCAUGUAUCUGUGUGUACAGUUGAUGGUGUAUAUUUGUAAAUAGUGUGAGAGUUGAACAACCAGCAUAGUUUGUCCACUGCCAGGAGCUCUUAUACUAUUACUGUGUCUGUAAGGGUCAUAAGACCAGUGUUAGGGUAUUAUGUAUCAGCCUUGUGAGCCAACAUUGCUGCUCCCACAAGAUUUAUGGCAUCUUUCCACACCACUGAAGUGAUUUUUAUAUAUCCUACUUUUAUUUAUUAUUAUAACUUUUCAAUAUGUGAAUAUUCGAGUUUACUCUACUGAGCAUUUCCAGCUGCUGAGUCACUGCAUUACCAUGUUUUUAUGUGAUAUUGAUCCUUGUAUGGGAUUAUGUUCUUAUCAGUUUAAAAAAAGGACAGCUGCCAUUUAUCACUGUAGUGGAUUUGCAGUGAAGAUAAGAGGCCACCUGAGAUAACAUCACUGCCAGACAUCAGGAACAUCUAAGCCAGACCAGGCCACUGAAAGCAAAACGGGUGCCCAUUAUGUCUUUGUCUGAUUGUCAGAUACCCCUUAUUACUCUACGGCAAACUUGAACAUGCGUAUUACUUUGCUGUCAGAGUUUAGGAAUCUUGUCUGUAUUUUUUUAUUUUAUAAUUAUUAUUAUUAUUAAUAUUUAUUUUUUUUUUUUUUUCUUACUAUAUUUUAAUUUAAGAUAAAUGUUGAUGUAUGAUUUUUUUUAAGUCCUUCAAAGUUUGGACAAAAGUGGGGGUCUGGCUGCAGAUGGUUCCGCGUAUGCCAACACUGCCCAGUAAGAUAAGAUUAAUUAUUAUUUUAUUGUAUUUUAUUUUAUCUUAAUGUUUUAUUCUUCUGCUGAUGUUUCCUGUAUGCUGUCUUCAUAGGGUUAUUUUCUUAUGGAAUACCUGAAAGAAGGGUUUUACCAGUCUCUGGUAAUUACAGCUAAAGUUUUUAUGAUCUUUUUUGUAUUGCAUCUUUUUAAAACCUAACAUGUAAUGUGUUAAUAUUAUGUAUUUUCAUUGUUUUAUUUGUUAAUCACUUUCUGUUAUCUUUAGAAUUUCUUUUAUAGUUUCUGUGCUUGAUCAUUCUGUCAUUUACUUCGCAGAAGGUAAUUUGAUAUUUCUAUGAACAUUUUUAGCCUCCCAUAUUGUCGUAGCCCAACAUUGGUGCCAUAUGUUAAAAAGUUUGCCCACCCAUACCCACAUUACAUACCCCGCCUCACCAACAGAUACACAGCAGUUAUGCUCAAUGUGAUCUCUUGUAGGAUGCAGGGACUGUGAACCCUGACCCCAACAUUGAGUUUGGUGGAAGAGAAUUGCAGGCCUGAGUUGGGAGUAUUUUUUAUGUGAAUUGUUUUUUUUAAAUAGAUUUGAUUGUUGCUGCUAUUUGAUUUUCAUGAAUAUUUCAUCUAUAAGAUUAUUGAUUUUUGAGCCCAUGCUAUAAUGAUUUUAAAAAUAUUGCUUUGCUAAUAGUAAUUGAUUUUAAAAUCUAAAAACUAUGAAUACCAUCUUUGGCCUAAAUUAUCUUCUACUGGACCAUUAGAAACCUGGUUAGCUCAGCAUAAUGCUGAGCUGCUCCGUUGUACUAGUCACUGUGGGGUGUGUAGGAUUGCUACCUUGUUAUAUGAUAGGCAAUUUUUAUUUUAUUUUAUUUAUUAUUUUUUUUAUUUAAUUUUUUUUUCUCCCUCCUUUUUGGGAAGAGCUCUAUCUGAUAGCCAGAAAAAGGUAAGGAUCUCAACUGUUGUUUAGGGGGAAAGAAAAAUGCAGCAUGUUGGUGUUAAUGCGACAAACAGUCGUGGUAGUUAUGGAUCUGCUGUCUCAGGUUCCUUAUGUGAUAUGUAUUACCUCAGCUGUUCUAAAUAGUUUUUUGGACAAAACUUGGGCAUUUUUUACCUACUGAAUCAAACAAGCCACUUGAAUGCUAGUUCCAAUGAAUAUUAGAAUAGAUGAGCUCUUCCUAAGAAUCAAAAUUUUACUUCCUAUUAAACUGUGGUUGUUAUUGGUGCCUGUUUAAGUUUUAAAGUUAUUGACCUGCAACCCUACACACCAUCCCCUCUGCCCGCCCCCUCCCCCUCCCCCUCCCCAUGGGUCCUGCACCUCUGUCAGGCUCACAAUUGCACUCCUGUGCUGAUAUUAAUAUACCUGUUUUCAUAAAAGAUUGAUUCUGGUUAAGAUAAAGGAAUUGCCUUAAUUGUCUGGAAUGCAAACAAAUAUGUUAAACUUUCUACAUAACUGGUUACAAGAAUCAAAUAUGUUUGCCAUUGCACCUCUUGGAUGAUUAUCAAUUGUACAACAUUAUGGCAUAUAUCCAGUUGGCACAUUUUCUGCUGUAUCAGCAGCCUAACCAUUUUGCACAAAAAAAAAAAAAAAAUUAUGCAUUUAGAUGAAAAAAUUGCAUCAAUUUUUUCAACCAGUUUUGUUGUGUGCAAUGAGUGUGUGAGAGUGUAGGAUCCCCCUGGACCCACCAGGUACACCUGCAGUAUUCCCAUACGUUGGCAUGUUCAUCGUUUGUUUUAGUACCCUGGGGAUGGCUACAGCCUAUGCCAUAUGCAAAAUAUACAUCCAUUUUCAAGUUUGUUUCAUAUGUUUUAUCCUAACUUGUUAGGAUUAGGUUAUUCUUGUAUUUAUUUAUGUAUUUCUUGACUGUUGCCUUCAGUACAAUGUAACUUAUCUUCUGUCAAUGUCAUGUGUCUACCAUUGACACUACUGCUGUUAUGUUGAUUUUUUGUACUUUUUUAUAUUAUAUACUCACCCUCAGUGUCCAUAGCACAAUGGGAAGCAAGGCAGAUCAGAAAGAAUAGUGUACAGUAUAUUCUUCAUUUUGAUGAAAUAUAGCAGUAAUGGGAUACAAGAAAACAGAUAUAAUAAGUUGCCAAGACAGAUGUGUGAGACAGACGUCAUGAGAUAGGUUUAGAAAACAAGUACUAUCGCAUAUGUAGAAAGACAAGACGUGCCAAGACAGACUUAGUAUGAGAUGUUCUAAGCUAGAUAUACUAAGGGAGCUGUAAUAAUAAACAGUUAGCAUUGGUCAGACAGUGGAUGUGGUGUUUGGGCUGUCACAACAUGGGCCAAUUUGAACAUGUUCUGCUUGUGGUAGAUGAUGCCAUUAAUAUGAUGAGGUUGUAUUUUUAGGCAGUACUAAUUGUAAUGACUAAUGUUCAAAUACUAUUUACUUUUUAUUUAUUUAUUACAUUUUUUUCUGUGUAAGUUACAGGGCACAGCUCCUGAUGUACUUAAUUUAGGGGUGCCCCAUAAUGGUUUAAUGAUAUCCGAACAUCACUGUUAAAAAGGGUGGAUAUAUAUCAUGUUUACUGUUGUGUUAAUUGUGUAACAACCAUGCUAGUACUGGUUAAGUUCAGAAUAUCCUCAUUUUUUUGUAAUUUAAAGAAUCAAUAAUUAUUUAUUCCCUUUAUGUUCAGUUCGCUCAAGUACUGUGUAUUGAAAAAUCUUUUUGUGCUCAAUUUAGUUUGAUUCUCAUUAUUAUCUAUGUGGCUGUGUAAUCCCUGAAAGGCCGGGGGUUUGUUACACAAUAGCUAACUUUAUACACAUUAAUGAUAUUGAUACACAUAGUAAUUUAUAGUGGCAGCAGUACAGAAAGUAUUUAGAAUUAUACCAAUCGGGCAACUCAGAAAAAGACAUGUAAUUCAUGAAUUGUACAGUCACUGAUAGUUAAUGAAGGUUGAUCCUUUGGCACAUUUAUGUACAUUUGUAUGUGACUUUAUUUAGAUUUCCAUUAGAUACAUUUAAAGACUGUAGGUAAAUAAAUAAUUGUUUUGUAGUAAAACAAAAAAGAAUUAAAAAAAAAAAAAUCAAAGGAACAGUCCAUAUUACCUAUCAUUCUUGGCUGCCAUUAGUUGAAUUGUUGAAAUAUAGCAAAAUUGUUGCCAUAUUGCUACCAGUUAUAAAAUAUUUUCCAUGACUCAUUCCUAGAUCCCAUGACAGAAACUUUCAGACUUUGUUAUGGGAUACUGUCUCAAUACCUCCCCUCCCCCCAUAGUUGUUGAUACACUCAUAACCCUGGCCACAGCAUAUCCAGUGCCUUUCCUCUGCAGUAGGGAACAUAUCACAGCUUCUUAUGUUCAUUUGGGUCCCUACUUGUAUCGUAGGGCUGGAGCAAGUUUAAUACACAUGAAUUUUGGGUGUCAUUGAAAAAUGUAUGUAAGUGUUUUCUAAGUACAGGUCAUCUGUCUCCAAAGCAGGUAUCAUUGCCAAGUAAAAGUAAAGAUGACUAGAAACCUCAAGCAAGAGGCCAUCGGUGCUAGGGACAAGUUGCACCUGUACUCAGAAUUUUAUAUUACAUUGCUGUUUAUGCAUUUUUCAAAGCCCCUUAUCUCAGCACGUCAGCGCCCAGGAGCUGAAGUUAAUGGUAACUGUGUACAAGUUAUUCAUCACAUAUAAUCCAUAAAACAAGAAACAAAAGAAUACAGAAUACUGACCAUUUCCAUGUACCGGUUGUUCAAAAUUCAUCCCAGUAUAUAUGUAUCCCUAAAACUGGAGAUCUCAAACAUUAGAUGGUUUGUUUGAAUGUUUAAUUUUAGUUAUGUCUUGAGUGUCUGUUCCAGAUACCUUUGUUAAUAUAGUGAUACUUGAAACUAGCACUGCCAGUAACAGUCAGGUUAUGGAUUAAUAUUAACACUAAGGAUAUCUGUCGUUAACAAGUGUGCCAGCUACAUAUUCUGCCUAUUAUUGCAAAUGAAACAGCUCUUUUGUGAUGCAAGUUUCUGAUAAUUUUACUCAUCUCAUGGUGCUUGUGGUGUGCAAGGAAAAAAACAUUCCAUUGCAAAGGUGCCCAUGAGGUGCCUUGGAGAUAUGAGAUAAACCAUGCAUUUGAGUUUUAUUCCAACUCAUUUUCAUAGUUCUCAUUAAUUGAAAAAUGUAAAAUGUGCUUAACAGAAAAGGAAAAAAGUUGAGUUAAGCUGCCUGCCUGGGAAGUGUUGAUAAUGUUCAUAUGGAAAUCUGCCAUGGUGCGCUGAUGUUGCUUGUGAUGUUAAUGAUCUCUUACAAUGAUUACUAAUAGAGGCUCAUUGUAGGUCCAUCACUGCCAAGGUUUGGAAGCCAACAGUGUACCCACUGCCAUGCAUACAAGUGAAACUAAUGUUAAUUAAUAUUAAUUUAUUUUGCUGGACCAUGGUGUGAGAAGGCGUGUGUUCCUUAUACUCAGGGUUGUGGUAUGUGUGUACUCUCAAACUCAGAAAAUUUAUUAAUAUGUAUAUCAAUUAUUUGAAGCCUGAUCAUGAGAGCAUGAGAGCACAGACAAUGACAUCAAUUAGCCCUGUGGUACAGUGUGUAGAAUAAAUGUGACAUGAAGAGAAA